GCAAAUGUCGUCAUCGUCCUUGCUGGUCUUUUCAUCAACACGCGCAAGACCAGCACACACACACACAACCAUCAACAGAGGUUGUGAUGCCCACCACUUCUUUCUUCCCCGAGACACAACCGUAGUGGGAGAGCGUUCGCGUGCCUCGAUCUCCCAUCGCCAUGAUGCCCAUGAGACCGCCAUCAAGCAAGGCGAUCAUGACCACCACCACCACCGAUCCCAAGACACAGCCCCGCCACAACGACGACGACGACAACGAUGUCAAGGGCAUGGGCCUGCAUGGUGCAGACGCUGGACGAGCACAAGGGUUGGCUGACUUGUUGGAAACGGCUCUGACGGCGAUGCGCGCGAGAUUGCCGCCCCGUUUCUUGCAGCAGCUGGCCGCCCUCGCCGUCCUCGCCACCACGGAGAUCAGGACUCCCCAGAACCAGUCAGAUCGGCCACAGCAGCGCCAGCACGGUGUUCACGAAGCAACAUGCCUCGAGCACCCCGUGUUUCGCUUCAAUGCUGACGACGCAAGCGCCCAUCCCGUCGUUUUCCUUGCCCUCGUCUUCCACGCUGCGGCCGCCACCACCGCCACGGCCUGCACGCAGACGGGCGCCGGCAUCCCACCGCACCUACUCCCCAUUCUGCACCGCGCGCGCCUCAUCCCUCUCACGCCAGAUGCGGGUCGACAGGACGCCUCUGCCGAUGGGCGUCAGCUUCGCCGUGUGCCCUGCUGCUUCGGCUGCGACGCACAUCGCCGCCUCAUGGAAACGGAGGCACAUGCACACCCAGACAAGAUCCAGCGCAUCGUGGCCAUGCCGCAAUUCAAGAUGACCGACAACGCGGACGAAAACGCAAGCCGGUGGAGGGCGCUCUGUCGGCCGCGCUUCCUGGCGCUGAUGGCCGGCAAGGACGUGCCAUCGCCGGCGCCACCUUCACGCCGACACCAGAAGCAGGCGCACCAGGGCGCUGUGCAACGGGGCGACAGCCCACAACAAGGCGACAGCCAUCAGCAGCGAAAGCAGAUGCGGGAAUGGAAGCAGCACACACGGGCACGGAGCGACCGUAGCGAUGACCUCCCGCAGCCAGAUAUCCAUGGCGACAGCGGCUUCAGGGACAAGGUGGUGUACCGCUCGUCCACCACAAUCAGCACCCUCACGGGCACCAACGACACAGGGUACCACGCGCGCGACAGCCCGACACUGGCAGCGCGUAGCAGCGAUCGCGGUGGCAGGCGUGGCGGUCGUGCCCGUAAGCGCGUCAACGGUGGUGACCGUCAGCGCCGGGGUGGUGACGGCAUUGUCGAGGUUGCCGUUGCCCGCGUCAUGACGUGGUGGUACGAAGACCUGCAGCAGACGCACGGCAUCAAGAGCACGGGCCGGCACCCGCACGAGUCCAUCCUGCACGGCUAUACGGGGGCGCACACGCCGGAGGUGCGCCGGGAGAAGCGGGAGAUUGCGCAGCGCCUGUGCUACAGGGUGUUUGGCUACACGGCCGGCGAGGUGAUACCCUUUGAAGCAGAUACUCCGGGCCUGAACGAGUUCAUCGCGUGCGUGGUGGCCAUGGACAUGCUUGGGCCCUGGCUCACCGAGGUGCACCUGCUGCACGUGUGCGCGUGCUUGCAUGCGUGCAUUCCGCUCACCCAUCACGGUGCGGGGGACGCCACCACGUGCAUGGCCGACCUGUACGCCACGUGCGUGCGCAUCUGCGACGAGGACCUACCCUUCCUGCAGGUGCUACCGCGGGCUUGUCUCAAGAAGAACAUGCGACGUAUCGUGGAGAGCGGGUGCCACACCGCCGCCCACGUGCACGGGCACAUGGCUGCCCAGCGCCCGCACGUGUUCCUGACAUACGUGUGGCGGCGGUGGGUUGAAGAACACACCGCGCUCAGGUGCUCGGACACGUUCACACUCAAGGACUGGAUGGACGCGCUUGCGGCGACAACCAGAAGCCUAAGCAGCCUCCUCGACAGGAUUGACAGCAUAUUCCCGCGCUUUGGCGGGGUGCGAACGGACGAUGAGCAGCGGCGGCUUGAGCGCAGGGCAUGGCGCAACAUCACGUAUGCCCGCGUGUACAUGGGCAUGCGUCUCAUCACCGCCAGCACCAUCCACGCCAUGCUGAUGCGCGAAGGGGUUGAUGUCGAUGCAAUUUCGCUUCGUGCGCUCGUGCCGUGCAUGAUGAGCAGGCCACCAUCACCAUCACCAUCGUUGCAUCGUCGCCACCGCCUUUACGGUGGCGCCCGCACCCAACACCACCACGUGCACGACUACGACCGGGACUACAAUAGUGGUGGUCGUGGUGGUGUCUUUGGUGAUGAUGGCAGCAGCGACAGCGGGCACAUGGAUGAUGACGGUAACAAUGGUGAUGAUGAUGACGACGACGACGAUGAUGAUUUGUAUGGGGAUGAUGAUUUGUAUGGGGAUGAUGAGCCUGGUGACGUGUGUCGAGAGCGCGUGGAGGCCUUGCUGCGAAGUGGGUUCAGAUGCAGCCGACAAGCACGUCGUCAUGGUGGUGGUGGUGGUGGUGGUGGUGGUGGUGAGGAGUCGGGAAUGGGCACGGAUCGCUCGAGGCGCUUUGCCAGCCUCCGUGCGUGUGCGCUGAGCGCGCGUGUGCUGCGCAGUGUGGUGGACGACUUUCGGUUCAAGAGGCAAGGGAGUGGGUUCGAGGGCUGUGUUGAGGUGGGCCUGCGCUAUGAACAGGGUAGUGUUGGCUGCAACGCGGUGGUGUCUGCGCUCCCCGAUACCGCUGUCACCGCCAUCAAGCAGUUUAUUCGCGAGAGAACCAUCUUCUCCGUCAGGCGCUGA